GGCCGGGCCCAGCUGCGGGGCGGAGGUGAAGGCGAGGCCUGCGGCUGCGGGGAGCGGCGGGGCCGGGAGCGGGCGCCGGAGCUGAGCCGAGCCGGAGCAGGCGCCGGACGCCGGCGCGGCGAGCAGCAACCAUGUCGGUCUUGGGGAAGCUGUUCGGGGCUGGAGGGGGUAGGGGGAGCAAGGGCGGCCCGUCCCCCCAAGAGGCCAUCCAGCGGCUUCGGGACACGGAGGAGAUGCUUAGCAAGAAGCAGGAGUUCCUAGAGAAGAAGAUUGAACAGGAGCUGACGGCUGCCAAGAAGCACGGCACCAAAAACAAGCGCGCGGCCCUGCAGGCUCUGAAGCGCAAGAAGAGGUAUGAGAAGCAGCUGACUCAGAUAGAUGGCACCCUGUCCACCAUCGAGUUCCAGCGGGAGGCCCUGGAGAAUGCCAACACCAACACAGAGGUGCUCAAGAACAUGAGCUUUGCUGCCAAGGCCAUGAAGACUGCCCACAACAACAUGGACAUUGAUGAGGUGGAUGAGUUGAUGCAGGACAUUGCUGACCAGCAGGAACUUGCAGAGGAGAUUUCCACAGCUAUUUCCAAACCUGUAGGCUUUGGGGAGGAGUUUGACGAGGACGAACUCUUGAAGGAGUUGGAGAUUCUUGAACAGGAGGAGCUAGACAAGAAUUUGCUGGAGAUCAGUGGUCCCGAAACAGUCCCGCUACCAAAUGUCCCCUCUGUGGCCCUACCAUCCAAACCCGUCAAGAAGAAGGAGGAGGAAGACGACGACAUGAAGGAAUUGGAGAACUGGGCCGGAUCCAUGUAACUGGUCCAGCAUAGGCUGGGCCCAGACAGACUCUGGUGGCCUGUGCGACGGGCAGGCAGGACGCGGUGCAGGCAGCCUCCAUCGCUCGAUCUCACCCAAAGCAGUAGGCCGCAUCACUGCUCACUCUCGCAUAGCAUGGUCUGUGCCCAGGGGCGGGCGGGGGGAGGGGUGGGCGGGAGGGAGGUGCCUGCUGUUGAAUUUCUGUAAAAUAAACUGUAUUUGCAAAUCCAACAUUGAGCUUCUGGACUACGCUAACUCCACACUCCACUGCUGAAUCCUCCAUGGAAAGGGUCGGCCACUUGCAGUUGAAAUGAUCCAGAAAUGUAGCCCGUGUCCUUUAAGUCAGCUGACUUGUCGCACAGCUCUCUGUAAGACGUGUACGGUACUGGCAGAAAAGUCGUUUUUAAAGCCAUAGAUGGGCUUUUUCUUGUCCUUAGCUGUAAUAGCACAUCUGGUUUUGGUUUCCCCAAGAGCUGUGUUUCUGUGUAUCACCCAUGUACUGGCCCCCAUGUUUACCACCCUGGCCCUUGUCACUCCUAUCCCCUGGUCUUUUGGAGUUGUGACUCGGAUCUGAAAUGGAUGUAUUCUCUCUUGAGCAAAUAAGAUUGUCAGAAUUAAAUUCCAGCUAUUCAGUUUUCUAACAUAGCUCUAAGGUCUUCAUUGCUGUUUGUGAUAAUUGAUAGAUAACUCAUUGGAAACAUGUGCAUACAUUUAUAUUCAGAUGAAAUUAUGGUUUGCACUGUCUAUUAAAUAUCUCGAUUUAAUUUUCACA